GAGUCACAUUUAAUUUUCGCAAAAACUCUGCCAAGGAGUUAGUAUCUUGUUUCUCAGGGGAGAAAGGAAGGUCAUAGGGUGUUAAGUGAACAAAUUUGGCUGCAACGCAAGGUCUCCCGAUUCCAAACCAGGAAGUCCUUGCGGGUACCCUGCACUGUCUCUCACAACCUUCCCCUUGUAACUCAUCUGCUUCCACCCCUCCUGUGAUUGCAGACUUUCCAAUGGCAGAAAUGAGCCUCAUUCAAAGCGACACCUCAACAGGCAACGCAGGCACCACUGGACCCUCCGCCCAGUUCGACGCAACUAUUACGACCCGACCUCGGCCCCCGGGAAGGGCGUGGUGUGGGAGUGGGAGAACGACAAUGGUUCUUGGACGCCCUACGACAUGGAAGUGGGCAUCACCAUCCAGCACGCCUAUGAAAAGCAGCACCCCUGGAUCGACCUCACUUCCAUUGGCUUCAGCUACGUCAUUGACUUCAGCACCAUGGGCCAGAUCAACCGGCAGACCCAGCGCCAGCGCCGCAUCCGCCGGCGGCUUGAUCUCAUCUACCCCAUGGUCACUGGCACCUUACCAAAGGCCCAGUCCUGGCCAAUCAGCCCAGGCACGGCUGCGGCGCCCCCGGCCCCGCCCUGCUCCUGCCCACAGUGCGUCCUGGUGAUGAGCGUCAAGGCGGCGGUAGCCAACGGGAGCGCUGGACCCCAUCAGCCCCCGGUGGCGCGCAAGAACGUGCCCCCGUCCGGAGCGGUCAAGGUGCCCGCACCAUCAGGCCCUGGGGCCAAGCCCCUGGACAGCACAGGCAUCAUUCGAGGCCCGGCAAAGACAGUCCCAUCGCAGGCGAUCCGGCGACAAGCCUCCAGCGCGCCAGCAGGGGCGACUGCAGGCUCUUCUGUUAGUCCCCCGGGAGCCAACGGCAAGACCGGAAGGGUGGCCCUGGCGACCUUGAAUCGGACCAACCUGCAGCGACUGGCCAUCGCCCAGUCCCGCGUGCUGAUCGCCUCUGGGGUCCCCACCGUCCCGGUGAAGAACCUGAGUGGGUCCAGUCCUGUCAACCCUGCCUUGGCAGGAAUCACUGGCAUCCUCAUGAGUGCAGCAGGGCUGCCUGUGUGUCUCACCAGGCCACCAAAGCUGGUUCUCCAUCCACCCCCUGUCAGCAAGAGCGAAAUUAAAUCCAUCCCAGGGCUUUCCAACACGAGCCGUAAGACUACCAAAAAACAAGCCAAGAAAGGGAAAACCCCGGAAGAAGUGCUGAAGAAGUAUCUGCAGAAAGUUCGGCAUCCACCAGACGAGGAUUGCACCAUCUGUAUGGAGCGCCUCACCGCCCCCUCGGGCUACAAGAGCCUACAGCCGACAGUCAAGCCUGACCUGGUGGGAAAACUGUCCAGAUGCGGCCACAUCUACCACAUCUACUGCCUGGUUGCCAUGUACAACAAUGGCAACAAGGAUGGGAGUUUGCAGUGUCCAACCUGUAAGACCAUUUACGGGGUGAAGACAGGUACCCAGCCUCCAGGGAAGAUGGAGUACCACCUCAUCCCCCACUCCCUGCCUGGCCACCCGGACUGCAAAACCAUCCGGAUCAUCUACAGCAUCCCCCCUGGCAUCCAGGGGCCGGAACACCCAAAUCCUGGGAAAAGUUUCAGUGCCCGAGGCUUCCCACGACACUGUUACCUUCCAGACAGCGAGAAAGGGAGAAAGGUCCUGAGGCUGCUGCUUGUGGCCUGGGAUCGCCGCCUCAUCUUUGCCAUCGGGACCUCCAGCACCACGGGCGAGUCAGACACCGUCAUCUGGAAUGAGGUCCAUCACAAGACGGAGUUUGGCUCUAAUCUCACUGGUCACGGCUACCCAGAUGCCAAUUACCUGGAUAAUGUGCUGGCUGAACUGGCUGCCCAGGGCAUUUCGGAGGACAGUGCCGCCCAGGAGAAGGACUGAGCUGGAGGGGCCUUGGGCCUGGGAGGCGGCACCAUGGGGACCACCAAGCAGGAAGUGGGGAGAGUCAGGGCGCAAGCCGGUGCCGGGCCCUCCCGACUCCCUCGUCCCGCCUCUGGUCUUGUCUUCACCCCCACCCCUCCCAGCCCCAGAGGGGAGCCCAGAGUGAGGAGCGAUGUCAUUCACAAACUUCAUCCAACACCAAAGGGACGCGGGAUGAGCGCCAUCCGUGGUCUGUUCCCACGGCGUUUUUGGUGCUGGGUCGGCCAGAGCCCCCCUCAGCUCCCUCAGUAAGGGCACAGCCAGCACACUUAGGGGGUGGGCACCCCAUACCCUGGCCUUGUGAAGCCUGAGGGUCAUGCCUCCAUUGGCUUCUUGCUGCUUCCGCUUUGAGAGCGGAGUCCUCGCUUUUCUCUCCUCCCCUGGAGGCGAGGAGCGCUCACUGUGCAAGACUAGGGGGGCCAGGGGGUGAAUCGGGAACUGCUGUGACAUCAGAAAUGGAUGCCUUGGUGUAGAGCCAGGAAGCACUUCUUGCCGAGAGGGUCAGGGAGGCACAGGCUUCCGGGAACAGACCCGGCUUUUGUCAUUGUCCUGACGUCUCUGGGCCCUCCCUCCCUCCCUCCUCACACCUUUGGCCUGUCCAGAGGGCAUCUGGUUCUCUUGUGCGGAGGGGCGGACUCCGGGAUUCCUCUGUGGGGCACAACCCCACGAUGUCUCCAGCCCCUCUCUAAUCAGACCAGAGCCUGCAUCCCACUUAGCAUCUUGGCCGUCCUCAGGGACAGGGACCCACAGCCUUCUUUCCAGGCUCAUCCCAGACCAGCUCGAAGAUUCCAUGAGUUUCAUCAAGUCACUGUGAGUGGAGCCCAGGGUGGGCUCUGUGCCAUCUCUGUACGUGCAUAUGUGUGUGUGCGCAUGCAUGUGUGUGUGUGUGUGUGUGUGUGUGUGCACACCAAUGGGCCGGGUUGGUAGAGAGCCCCGUUAUGUUCUCACACUCUGUCUUGCAAGAUGUCCGAGCCCGGUUCUGAUGGGGAUGGGAUGGGCAGGCCAUGGUCCCCUGACGUGCCUCACCCUUCGCCAACCCAUCCCAUAGUAAACUUGGACCCAGACGGAGGCAGAACUGUGCUUGGGGAGAUGUGUUAGGUGAGGGUUGCACUGACCCCUGGGUAUGAAUCUUUCACGAAGGGAAUCUGAGGGGGUUCCCUAGUGGUUCAGUGGGUUAAGGAUCCUGUGUUGUCAACGCUGUGGUGUGAGUUCGAUCCCUGGCCCGGGAACUUCUGCACGUCGCCAGUGCAGCCAAACACAAAAGCAAAAAGAUGAUGGGCUCUGAGCCAGCUUCCAUCCAGUAUUGCACUGAAGGCCUCAGUCUGCAUCCCUGGUCAUUUGCUGAUCAGAGCCCAGAGGUGGUGCUGGGCCCCCCAUCUCCCUCCUCCAUCACAGGCUGCCCCAGAGCGUGAGGGAGACUCCAGCUCAUGCCCAGCAGGGUUGGGACGACAUCAGGGUGCAGUCCCACCUGCAUCUGGGUUGUGUCCCAAGACCUGUUGAUCUCCCCAACAUUCCCUUCAGCUCCCAUUCAGGAAGGAAUUGGGUGUCGGCGGGGAGAGAAGGGGAAUCAAGAAGGGAAACCCACCUCCCCUUUGAAAGUGGGUUCUUUGAACUAUGUGUUUGGGGGAAGUUCCUCUGGAUACUAAGUUGAAUUUAUAUACCUCAUGUUUGGGGGGGUUGACGUAUAUAUAUGCAUAUAUAUUUCGUAGUAUUUGGAAGGUUUUCAAUGCUAGAAAAAUGGAAACAAAAGAACCUUCAAAAAUGGUACUUAAGUGAGAAGUGGAAGCCAAGCUCUUUUGAGAGCGGGCUCUGAGCUGCUUGCUCUUAGGCCGGCAGCUAUUUUGACGAUAGCGUGGCCAGGGGAUUCAUCUGAGUCCCCACUGCCCCCAGCCCCUGGGGCAGGCUGGUGUUGAGCCCUUCCUCCUUGUCCAGAUGGCUGUAGGGACAUUACUUGCCUCCAGCAGAGGGAGCUCCGGCAGGAGGAAUUGUUCCUGUCGUUUUAAUUCCAGUCUCUCCCACCAGUCCUUUAUCUCACCCGCCGACCCAGGAUAGGUCCCAAGUUCAGCGCACCAUGAACUUGGGGCAGUUUCCUGCCACAGUUAGGAAGGAAACAUCUGAACUCAGUGGAAGAGACAUCCCUGCAGGUUUAACGUCACGUGUGUGCCCUUUGCCGGGCUACCUUGUGCCAGAGGUGAGCCUCAUUAUGAGCCUGGUACCAUCCCCACCUUCAUUCAGCAUCCCUGUCAAGUGCCCACUGGGCUCCUCACCCAUUGCCAGAGGGGGGCGGUGCAGAUUGAGGGUUGGUGGGCAGAGAGCUGUGUGGUAGGAGGUAGGGAAAGAAAAUGCUUUGACAACAGCAGUGGGUGGUGGGAAAGGCUGAUUUCCCUGGAGCUGGGUGGGGGAACAUGAUUUCCCCGGGUAGAAGAAGGUGUGGGUGGAGAAGGGGAUUCCUGAGAGCAGAAGGAAGAGGAUACUGGGGGCAGAUGGUGUGCCGGGGGCAAUACCACUUUCAGAGUCGUCUUCUCACCUUAAGCGUUCCCCUCCAGGAUGCUGACGGUGUCUGUGCCCCACGUCUCUUCCUCUCUGAGGAUGCCCAGCAGGGGCUACCUCAUCCUCAUGCUGCUCUUGUGGGACAUUCUGGGCAGAAGGAAUUUUUGCAUUUCCUUUCUAACACUGUGCCAGGCAAGGGGGUGAGGGCAUCCCUUUGCCCUGUCCCGUGCCAAUCUGGAAAGGUACAGUCUCGGGUUCCGUGAGAACCCCGCCAGCAGAGGCCCUGUGUAUCCAUCACUUUGACUCGGGAGGUUCUCCCACUGGAAGCCCUGCUGUGUUCCCUGCCCCAUGCAGGUGCAGGGAAUUCCAUGCCUUUCCUUUCAUCGUCUUAGCACCAGCAGCCUAGUUUCUCCCUUCCUGAGUCUCCAGGGAGGACACAUGGGAUUGGAGACAAACCUUGUUAUAUGCUCAUCCCUUAAAAGAUAAAUCGUGUACAUGUAUUUGCGUGUGCCUUUGUGUUUUCAUCCCCCUCUCCCCCUUUUGUAAAGCUUGGACUUCUCUGUGGUUUUAUAUUCAGUCAAAAGUACUGGUCCUGGUAUUGCACUGUUGUGGGCAUGAGAGGAUUGGGGAAAGGUCCCGUGUGGUACAAGAAAGGGCCCUGUCCUCUUGCCUGUGGUCACUGGCAUUGAUGGGGAGGGGGGAGGGGUCGGUUCUGGGAGAGGGCAGGCAAAGGUCCUAUUGUAAAUCCUUGUAACUGGUGUGAAGUCCUUGGUGUUGCUCUGUGAGAGGACAUCGCCACCUGGUGCUCAUGACGUGUAUGUGCAGAACAAUAAAUGGCAAGUGAACAACCACAAA